GUGUACAAUCAUCAAAUCAAAGGUGUACAAUCGUCAAAUCAAAGGUGUACGAUCAUCAAAUCAAAGGUGUACGAUCGUCAAAUCAAAGGUGUACGAUCAUCAAAUCAAAGGUGUACGAUCGUCAAAUCAAAGGUGUACAAUCAUCAAAUCAAAGGUGUACAAUCAUCAAAUCAAAGGUGUGCGAUCGUCAAAUCAAAGAUGUACAAUCGUCAAAUCAAAGGUGUACGAUCAUCAAAUCAAAGGUGUACGAUCGUCAAAUCAAAGGUGUACGAUCAUCAAAUCAAAGGAUCAGUAUCAUAUUAA